CUCGACGCGAGGAUCCGUGUGAGGGCGCCCCACCCUGUAGUGCUUUCCUCGUUCUUCUGCUUCUUCGUCUUCUGCGACCGCCGCAAUGAAGCGCUUGCUCCUCGCCGGCCUCCUGCAGCUCCACCGUCGGGGCUCCGCUUUUCUUCUGCCUCUAAGUGUGUUGGGGAGCUUUGGAGGAAGACCCCAGACUAGAACCUUGAAGCAUGCAUACAGCACAGAGGGAGGAAAUGUCACUAAGCCAAUUGGGCGCUAUCCAAUACCUAAUAAGAAUGAUUUGCCAUACGAUAUAGUAGAACUCAUGGAUGAAGUAGAAGUAAAGAGUGGGUUUUUGCCUAAUGUGUUUAAGGCGAUGUCUCAUCGCCCAGCAGAAUUUAGAGCCUUCUUUGCUUACUACAACGCCAUCAUGAACAAGGAGACAGGAAACCUAAGUAAGGCUGACAGAGAGCUCAUUAUCGUGGCUACAAGUGUUGUUAACGACUGUCCCUACUGCGUAAUUGCACACAGUGCUUUACAUAGGAUAUAUUCCAAGAAACCAACCCUGGCUGAUCAGGUCAUAGUGAACUGGAAAAAGGCUGACCUAAGUGAUCGGGAACGGGCCAUGCUGGAGUUUGCACUUGCUGUCUGUCGAGCAGAGAACAUCACAGAGGAGCAUUUUCAGAAGCUGGAGGCACACGGAUUUGAUCGAGAAGAUGCCUGGGACAUUGGUGCCAUUUCGGCCUUUUUUGCCAUGUCAAAUCGCAUCGCUCACUUCACAGAUCUACAUCCAAAUUCAGAAUUCUACACCAUGGGGAGAAUACCAAGAGAAAAAGAAAAGGCCAGUUCCUCCUAACAAAGCAUGCUAGCCCCUUAUUGUAAGGAUAUUGCUGUCCUGGCACUGAGCCCCAGCUUGGCCAAUUAGUGAGUUGGCAUUGCAAGGUCAAAAUCAGCAAGUAUUGGAUGAAGUGACAAGGGAAUGCACAUCAAUUGUAUCUUAAUUGAAAUGAGAUACUCUGAAGACAUGGCAAGAUCAGACAUGUGCUGUCUAGCUUCUUUGAUGGUAAUCAAUGAUAUACUAUGAUUAACUGCAAGGGUAACACUUAUUUCUACUAUAUCUAAUUGACCCAACACAUAUCUGCUACAGGAUAUCUUUUCAUGGGCAAAAUUUGAAGCUAAUUUUUAAUCAGACACUGGAAAAGAUAAUCUGAAAGGCCUUCUGUCUCAUUUUCUCUACAACUACUAAGGGAUUUGGCAAGCACCUACUUUGUCUUUUCAAAUGCCUUUUUAUCUUCUGGAGAGCUUCAAAUGCAGAUCUAAUUAUACUGGUUUUCUUAACCUGCUUUUAUAAUGUUGUGGCUUUUUGCUUUUUUUGUAUUUAUAUUUUAACUGUUUUUUUUAAAUCAUGCUGAGAUAUGAUUGAACAGUGAUACAAAAAUACUUAAAAUAAAUAACUGGUGUGUCUGCUCUGUUAGUUUGCUUGGAAAUCUUCCAUGAGCAGUUUCAUCUUCAUGAUCUCAGACCAAGACCUUAAGCGGAUGGUAUCCCAAAUUUCUGCUAAAUAAUCUUACAAUCUAAAUAUUUCUUUACUUCUUGAAAGGAAAGGUGAAAGGGAACCUCUGGGUUUUUUUUUAGUGAAGGUACAUGUUCUUUUCAUAUGUUCAUUAGCAUCAAUUGAAAGUAUGAGCUGUCAAAAAAUACAGACUUUCUCCCCUGAAAGAAUGUACAUUAAGGUUCUGUUCCUUAAUCUGCCUUACUCUAACAUGUUUGAAUGCUCACUUAACCAAUUAAAUUUGCUAGAUUGGACUAUGAUAUUUA